AUGUCAAGCGAAAAAGGUAAAAAAAUUAUCAUUGAAGACGGAUUUAAAUAUCGCUUCCACAAAAUGUUGCGGAAUGAUGUACAACGUUGGAAGUGUUAUCUUAAUACAUGUAAGUGUUUUUUAAAAUUAUCGUCCACUUUAGACAUAAUAGAGAAAUGUAACGUUCAUAAUCACCAAAAAUGUGAUGAAAAGGUUCUGAAUAGACAAAAGUUAAGUAACUCGGUUAAAAGAAAAGCACAAGAUGAUAUUUCUACACGACCUUCAAAGCUCAUUAGAUCUGAGUUAAAAAACAGUGAUAUACCUUCGAUAAACACUAACGAUUUGAAAUUAAUAAGAAAUAACAUCCAUCAUGCUCGUAAAGUACUAUAUCCAAAAUUACCUAAAAGCAUCCAUGAAGUACAUAAUUGUUUAAGCACAAUGAACAUAACUACCAACAAAGACGAACAAUUUUUAUUCUGUAAUAAUUUGGAAGAUAAUAUUAUAGGUUUUUCAACCGAGACAAAUUUUAAAGCUUUGUGUGAUGUUACUAAAAUAUACAUGGACGGUACGUUUAAAAGCUGUACGAAAUACUUCUUACAACUUUUUACUAUUCACGGAUUUCGAAAUGGAUUGUAUGUACCAUUGGUGUUCUUGAUAUUACCCAAUAAAACAUUAGAAACUUACACUAAAGCUUUCCAGUAUAUCGUGAGUUAUUGCACAUCUCUUCAACUGAAUUUUCAACCUACCCAAAUUUUUGUCGAUUUUGAGGUGGCAAUUCAUACGUCUGUCAAGUGUGUUUGGCCAAAUGCUAUUAUUAGGGGUUGUAGAUUUCACUUAGCGCAAAGUUGGUGGCGAAAAAUUCAACAACUUGGGCUAUCGAAGGCGUAUAAAAGUUCCAAUAAUGAUAUAAGUGACUAUCUUAAGUGUAUUUUUGGUUUACCAUUUUUGAAACCAGAGGAGGUGUUUGAUUGUUUUAUUGAUGACUUAAUGACUAUCAAACCAGUAAAUACAACUGUAGAUACAUUUUGCGAUUAUCUACUGAAAACGUAUAUAGAGCAAGAUGCAUUAUUUCCACCUAAUAUUUGGGCCGAGUUUGCAGCAACCACAAAUCGCACCACAAAUAGUUGUGAAAGUUAUCAUGCAAAAUUAAAUGCUAGUAUCAGUGCAGCUCACCCUAACAUUUUUGUUUUAGUAGAAAUGUUACUUGGGAUUCAGAGUGAAAUCUAUGUAUCACUUCGGAGCUCAGCCACACAGCCAAUCAAAAAAACCGUAGAAAAAGAAAAUUUUUUAAGAGAAAAGAUGCUUUCUUUUACUAGUGGAGAAUUGACGCGGUUAAAUUUUGUAAAAGAAGUGUCAUUUAAAUUUAUUCCUUAG